AUGCCGUCGCGCUCGCCUUCCGCGCCGCGCAGCCGCUCGCGCGGUCGCUCCCGUACGCGUUCGCCGACGCCCGCUCAGUCGCACUCUCCACGCCGCUCCAUCACGCCGCGUUCCGCAUCGCGCUCGCGCUCGCGCACCCCCAGCCGCACCCCGACCCCACGCAGCGACAGGCCCGGCCGGCGCAAUGGCCGAGGCCGCAGCUACAGCCGCAGCGUCUCGAGGACCCCGACACCCGACCGGGGCGCCAGGCGGUACAGCAGGCGCAGCUACAGCAGGAGCUUGAGUCGCGACAGCAGAGGCAGCAGAGACAGAUCGCCGCCGCGAAGCUCCAAGAUCGUCGUCGAGAAGCUCACAAAGAACGUCAACGAAGACCACUUGCGUGAGAUCUUCGGCACCUACGGCCGGAUACAGGACCUGGACAUGCCCAUCAACCGCCAGUUCAUGACCAACCGCGGCACCGCGUACAUCAUGUUCGCCGACGCCGCCGCCGCCGAGGCCGCCAUCGCCCACAUGCACGAGGCCCAGCUCGACGGCGCCGUCCUCACCGUCUCCAUCGUCCUCCCCCGCCGCCGCUUCUCGCCCGGCCGCUCGCCCCCGCCCGCCCGCCGGCCCCAUCCUCCCCCGUCCUACAACGACCGCUUCAUCGACGGCCCCCCGCCGCGCGCCCCGCCGCCCGGCGCCGCCGGUGGCAACUACGGUCGCGGCCCCCCUCCCGGAGGCCUUUACCCCGGCGGGCCGUCCGGACGCUAUCGCUCGCCGCCUGCGGGUCGUCGCGGGUACGGCGGUGGCGGUGGUCGCGGUGGCGGUGGUGGUGGUCGCGGCGAUUACUCGUACAGGCCUAGGUCGUACUCAAGGUCGCGGAGCCCGCGCAGGAGCAGGAGUCGGUCAUAUUCGUCGCGUUCGCCGUCGAGGACCCCACCACCGCCGAGGAGAGGAGGAGGAGGCGGCGGCGGCGGCGGUGGUGGUGGUGGCAGCGGUAUCAGGGGAGGUGGAGGUGGGUCUUAUAGGGAUAGCCCGCCGCCGCCCAGAGGUGGUGGUGGGGGCGGGAGCGGCUCUGGAGGACGUAGGCGGAGGAGUCCGAGCUAUAGUAGCUACAGCAGCUAUAGCGAGAGAAGUCGGAGCAGGAGCAGGGGGGGACGGGACAGGCGUUGA